AUGACUGCCACCGUUCUGGUCUUCUCCAAGGUCAUUGGAACCGUGGCGCUGGGCUUCCUCACCGGCGCCGUGGGCUCCGCCUCCUACCUCUCUCUGCCCACCAUCUCCCAGCAUCUCUACUCCUCCGGCACCAAGGCUGAUGUGUGCGAUGCCCAGGAAAACCUGGACCGCCUGCUGGUGCGAUUUGGCCGCAUUGUCGGCCCCGCCUGCAUCACCGCCUGUGCCUCGCUCUGCGUCAGCUUUGCCUUUGCCACAAAGUCCGCCAGACACCCCUAUCUGCUCUACAGCGCUCUGUCGGUGCCCGUGGCGUGCGCCGUGGGCUACUUCAAGGCCCGACCUCUGGUGCGAGCCGUGCUAGAUGUCGAUGCCGACGCCGAGUCCGAGGCCUCGACUCCAGAGUCCACCGAUACGGCGGAAACCUCACAGCUGGACAACUCCGUCUACGAGAACGUGAGCCUGUCGCCCAAGGUCAAGUCCAAGGAGGACGUGAGCGAGCGGGUGGAGGACACGCUGCACCGACGGGUCAUCACCCAGAGCAUCAGCCAUCUCGGCACCGUCGGCGUUGCUGUGUCCGGUAUUUUCGGCUUUGGUUUUAUCAUCUCCACCAUUGGUAUUUAUGGAGAUAUGUACUAA